AUGGCGACGACUGCGACUAGGCGGUGGUGGAGGCGGCACGACGGCGGCGACGAUGACCCCGACGACCUCGUCCCCAUGGACACCCAAGAGCAAGAGGAGCUGGUCCGGUCGCUGGAGGCGAAGCAGGCGCAGCAGAGCCGCCGUUGGAGGCGCGUCUUCGCGGGGUUCCUCCUAGGUUACGCGGCCUUCCUUGUCUACUCCAGUUUCCACCAUGCUUGGUCUCCCUGGGAGCUGUGGUACCAUGCUUACUUCAUGGAAGAUUUGCCUGCACCAAUGGUCAUAAUUGCAGAUUGGAUAGCUGCUCUAGCAUGCCUAUUUGCUGUUAAAGGGUUACUACAGAAUUCAGGCCCAUCAAAGAAGUGGAUGUGGUAUUCGUGCUAUAUUGGCAUUUUGGUAGCCAUCUUUUGGACAUACUACAUAUUAAGGUUGCCAAGAAUUCGAUGGGAUGUUGCAUGGCUCCCACUCGGCCCUUUGAUGGCUGGUGCAUUGAGCCUUUAUGUGGACCAUGUGCUGCUGGAGUCGAUGCAAAAUAUCAGCACAUUGAGAAAUGGUUAUGCAUUUAGUAUCAUGAUUUCAGCAUUACACAGAGGUGGUCAUCACGAAGAAUCAAAACAGCUUGCAAAAGAAUUUGAGUCUGAGAAUGCAUCAUAUGAUCUGGUUAUGCUUAAUACAUCACUGCGGACUUACUGCAACACAAAUGAUAUGGAGAGUGUAAUGAGGAUGCUAAAGAAAAUGGAUGAAUUGAACAUAUCACCUGAUAAUAUUACAUUUAAUACCUUGAUAAGGUACUUCUUCAAUUCAAAGGUUUAUCACCUAGCAUACAAAACAGCUGAAGAUAUGCAUACAAAGGGUCAUCAAUUAAAUGAGGUAUUUGGUUCUCGCAAAUCAUUUGAGCUUUGUUCUCAUGUAAUGGUUCAGUUAGGAAAGACAGGUUUUCCUUCUGAAGCAUUUUCUGUGUAUAAUAUGUUGACAUACAGUAAAAGAACAGUACACAAAUCUCUGCAUGAGAAGGCCUUAGGCAUCUUAGUUGCAGCAGAACUUCUCAAGGAAGCUUAUAUAGUUGUUAAGGACAAUGCUGAUCUGAUAUCUCCUUCUUCUUUGGAGAAGUUUGCUAAAUCUUUCAUGGUAUUAGGCAAUAUAAAUCUAAUUAAUGAUGUCAUGAAAGCCCUAAACCGCUCCGGGUGGCGUAUCAGCCAGGUGAUGGUUCUGUACCUGUAG